AUGAAGACUCAAUUCCUUGGAAGGGCCCACAAAGCCCACCAGGACAGCCUUCCAGCCACGUCGCUCCUCACUGAACACACGGCUUCACUCAGGCCUCUGCACUCACUGCUCCCUGCCUGGACAGCCCUUCCUGCCUCUCUUCCCAGGGGUAUCUUGGUAUCUUCUCCCCCUGGGUUUCUGGUUCUGGGAGGGCCUAAGGACCCAGGCUGCGAUGCUUGUAUGGAAACACAUGGGAAGGAGCCCUUUGCAACAAAAGGCAGCAGCAGCCCUGGUGGCUGGAAGCGACCACGCUGUGCACGCUAUGCAGGGAGGGGGACUCAGGAUGCCCAGGACAGGAAACACGGCCUGCAGACAACUCUGACCACCCCACCCCACCCAGGUUUCCGCGUCCUUAGCACGCACCCACCAGUGCGUGAUGUGGAAAUGCAGGCAGUGGCUCAGAGACAAAGGCAGAACCAGGAGAAACGUUCCCUUCCUCAGAGGAGGUGCCUCCCAGCCCCUGGCCCCCGACAUAACCACCACGAAAAACCUCGAAAUGACUCUCCCAUUGACCGCGACGACUGCCCGGGAAGACGGCAGAGUCACAUGGCAGCGCAGGGUGCUGCUACCUUGGAGAUGGGCUAUAGAUCUCAGCUGGGAUUUUGGCAGCAGGUUUCUGAAAUUCCAUGUCAACGACAAUCUGUGUUUGGGCAUCGAAUGCUUUCUCUCUCCCUCUCUUUAGUUUUAGGUCUACAGGAACAUAGCAAAUCUACUUCAAUCCAUAAUGGCACCAAAACUACACCACUACCACCAUCACCACCACCACCUCCACCACCACCUCCACCACCACCACCACCAUUGCCACCGUCACCACCAUUACCACCAUCACCACCACCAUCACCACCACCACCACCACCAUCACCACCACCAUCACCACCACCUCCACCACCACCACCACCAUUACCACCACCACUACCACCAUUACCACCACCAUUGCCACCGUCACCACCAUCACCACCAUCACCAUCACCACCACCACCUCCACCACCACCUCCACCACCACCACCACCAUUGCCACCGUCACCACCAUUACCACCAUCACCACCACCUCCACCACCACCUCCACCACCACCACCACCAUUACCACCACCACUACCACCAUUACCACCACCACCACCACCAUUACCACCACCAUCACCACCACCUCCACCACCUCCACCACCACCACCACCAUUACCACCACCACUACCACCAACACCACCAUCACCAUCACCACCACCAACACCACCACCAUCACCAUCACCACCACCACCAAUACCACCACCACCUCCACCACCACCACCACCACCACCACCACCAUUACCACCACCACCACCAUCACCACCAUCACCACCACCACCACCAUCACCACCACCAUUACCACCACCACUACCACCAUUACCACCACCAUCACCACCAAUACCACCACCAUCACCACCAAUACCACCACCAUUACCACCACCACCACCACCAUCACCACCACCUCCACCACCACCUCCACCACCACCACCACCAUUACCACCACCAUCACCACCAACACCACCACCACCACCAUUACCACCACCACCACCAUCACCACCACCUCCACCACCACCUCCACCAUUACCACCACCAUCACCACCAACACCACCACCACCACCAUUACCACCACCAUCACCACCACCUCCACCACCACCUCCACCACCACCACCACCAUUACCACCACCACUACCACCAUUACCACCACCAUCACCACCACCUCCACCACCACCACCACCAAUACCACCACCAUUACCACCACCACCACCACCAUCACCACCACCACCACCACCACCUCCACCACCACCCCCACCACCAUUACCACCACCAUCACCACCACCUCCACCACCACUACCACCAAUACCACCACCAUUACCACCACCACCACCACCUCCACCACCACCACCACCAUUACCACCACCAUCAACACCACCUCCACCACCAUCACCACCAAUACCACCACCAUUACCACCACCACCACCACCAUCACCACCACCACCACCACCACCUCCACCACCAUCACCACCAAUACCACCACCAUUACCACCACCACCACCACCACCAACACCACCACCCCCACCACCACCACCCCCACCACCACCACCAUCACCACCACCAAUACCACCACCACCCCCACCACCAAUACCACCACCACUGAUCGGUGACUGUUAG